GCCGGGCGGAGCUGACAAGCGGCCCUGGGGGCGGUGGCCUAGACGGCCCGAGCGCGGUGGUGGGGGCGGCGGGGCUCAUGGCUGAAGUGAACUGGAAGGUGUUGGAGCGGAGAGCCCGGGCCAAGCGCUCAGUUUUGAAAAUUGCUGUAGUUUAGCCUGCGACACUUAUGAUUAGAGUCAACAAUUUGAAAUGGCCAGCUCACCUGAUGCCGUCAUCUCUUCUCCUCCAGCUUUCUUAAGGUCUGGCUCAGUUUAUGAACCUCUUAAAAGCAUUAAUCUUCCGAGACCUGAUAAUGCAACUCUGUGGGAUAAAUUGGAUCAUUAUUACAGAAUUGUCAAGUCAACAUUGCUACUGUAUCAAAGUCCAACCACAGGUCUCUUUCCCACUAAAACAUGUGGAGAUGAUCAGAAGGCAAAAAUCCAGGACAGUCUGUAUUGUGCUGCUGGGGCCUGGGCUUUGGCUCUUGCAUACAGGCGCAUUGAUGAUGACAAGGGAAGAACCCAUGAGCUGGAGCACUCUGCUAUAAAAUGUAUGAGAGGAAUUCUCUACUGCUAUAUGCGUCAGGCCGAUAAGGUCCAGCAGUUUAAGCAGGACCCACGCCCAGCAACCUGUCUUCACUCUGUUUUCAAUGUGCACACGGGAGAUGAGGUCCUCUCCUAUGAAGAAUACGGUCAUCUUCAGAUAAAUACAGUGUCACUCUAUCUCCUUUACCUUGUGGAAAUGAUUUCUUCAGGACUCCAGAUUAUCUAUAACACUGAUGAGGUCUCUUUUAUUCAGAACCUUGUAUUUUGUGUAGAAAGAGUUUACCGUGUACCCGAUUUUGGUGUCUGGGAAAGAGGAAGCAAAUAUAAUAAUGGCAGCACAGAGCUACAUUCAAGCUCUGUUGGCUUAGCAAAAGCAGCACUAGAAGCGAUUAAUGGAUUCAACCUCUUUGGCAACCAGGGCUGUUCUUGGUCGGUUAUAUUUGUGGAUCUCGAUGCUCACAAUCGCAAUAGGCAAACUUUGUGUUCACUGUUACCCAGAGAAUCAAGAUCUCAUAACACAGAUGCUGCCCUCCUACCCUGCAUCACUUAUCCAGCAUUUGCCCUAGAUGAUGAAGCUUUGUUUAGCCAAACACUUGAUAAAGUGGUUAGAAAAUUAAAAGGAAAAUAUGGAUUUAAGCGUUUCUUGAGAGAUGGAUACAGAACAUCAUUGGAAGAUCCCAACAGACGCUACUACAAACCAGCUGAAAUUAAGCUGUUUGAUGGCAUUGAGUGUGAAUUUCCCAUAUUUUUCCUUUACAUGAUGAUUGAUGGAGUUUUUAGAGGCAAUCCCCAACAAGUAAAGGAGUAUCAGGAUCUUCUGACUCCAGUACUUCAUCAUACCACAGAAGGUUAUCCUGUCAUACCAAAGUACUAUUAUGUGCCAGCUGAUUUUGUAGAAAAUGAGAAAAGAAACCCUGGUAGUCAAAAGCGAUUUCCUAGCAACUGUGGCCGUGAUGGAAAACUCUUUCUUUGGGGACAAGCUCUUUAUAUCAUUGCAAAACUCCUGGCUGAUGAAUUAAUCAGUCCUAAAGACAUUGAUCCUGUCCAGCGCUAUGUCCCACUACAGAAUCAGCGUAACGUGAGCAUGAGGUUUUCCAAUCAAGGUCCACUGGAAAAUGAUCUCGUAGUUCACGUAGCACUUGUAGCAGAAAGCCAACGCCUUCAGGUUUUCCUCAACACGUAUGGUAUUCAGACUCAAACUCCUCAACAGGUAGAACCCAUUCAGAUUUGGGCUCAGCAGGAGCUGGUGAAAGCUUAUUUCCACCUGGGUAUCAAUGAAAAAUUAGGACUCUCCGGAAGGCCAGAUAGGCCCAUUGGCUGCCUCGGUACAUCAAAGAUUUAUCGCAUUCUAGGAAAGACUGUGGUUUGUUACCCUAUCAUCUUUGACCUAAGUGAUUUCUACAUGUCUCAAGAUGUUUUACUGCUGAUAGAUGACAUAAAGAAUGCCCUACAGUUCAUUAAGCAAUACUGGAAAAUGCACGGACGUCCACUUUUCCUUGUCCUCAUCCGGGAAGACAAUAUACGAGGUAGCCGAUUCAACCCCAUAUUAGAUAUGUUGGCAGCCUUUAAAAAAGGAAUAGUUGGAGGAGUCAAAGUUCAUGUUGAUCGUCUACAGACACUAAUAUCUGGAGCUGUAGUAGAACAACUUGACUUCCUACGAAUCAGUGACACAGAAGAGCUUCCAGAAUUUAAGAGUUUUGAGGAACUAGAAUUUCCCAAACACUCAAAAGUCAAACGACAAAGCAGUACCUCAAGUGCUCCUGAUCUAGAACAGCAACCAGAUGUCGCCAUUGCUGAAUGGAAGCACAAGCCCACCCAUGAAAUUCUUCAAAAACUGAAUGACUGCAGUUGUCUGGCUAGCCAAGCCAUCCUGCUGGGUAUACUACUCAAAAGAGAAGGCCCCAACUUCAUCACCAGGGAAGGUACCGUUUCUGAUCACAUUGAGAGAGUCUAUAGAAGAGCUGGCAGCAAAAAGCUUUGGUCGGUUGUGCGCCGUGCAGCAAGUCUAUUAAGUAAAGUAGUGGACAGCCUGGCCCCAUCCAUUACUAAUGUUUUAGUGCAGGGCAAACAGGUAACUUUGGGUGCCUUUGGGCAUGAAGAAGAGGUUAUCUCUAAUCCUUUGUCUCCAAGAGUGAUUAAGAACAUCAUCUAUUACAAGUGUAAUACCCACGAUGAGAGAGAGGCGGUCAUUCAACAAGAACUGGUCAUCCAUAUUGGCUGGAUCAUCUCCAAUAACCCUGAGUUAUUCAGUGGCAUGCUGAAAAUACGAAUUGGGUGGAUUAUCCAUGCUAUGGAGUAUGAACUACAGAUCCGUGGCGGAGACAAACCAGCUAGAGACUUGUAUCAGCUGUCACCUAGUGAAGUUAAACAGCUUCUGUUGGAUAUUCUCCAGCCUCAACAGAAUGGAGGAUGUUGGCUGAACAGGCGUCAGAUUGAUGGGUCUUUGAAUAGAACUCCUGCUGGGUUCUAUGACCGAGUAUGGCAGAUCCUGGAGCGUACACCCAAUGGUAUCAUUGUAGCUGGGAAGCAUUUGCCACAGCAACCAACCCUGUCAGAUAUGACCAUGUAUGAGAUGAAUUUCUCUCUCCUUGUUGAAGACAUGUUGGGAAAUAUUGACCAGCCAAAGUACAGACAGAUUGUUGUGGAGUUACUAAUGGUUGUAUCCAUUGUAUUGGAAAGAAACCCUGAGCUAGAAUUUCAAGACAAAGUUGAUCUAGACAAACUAGUGAAAGAUGCAUUUCAUGAAUUUCAAAAAGAUGAGAGUCGACUAAAGGAAGUUGAAAAACAAGAUGACAUGACUUCCUUUUACAACACUCCCCCACUGGGAAAAAGAGGAACAUGCAGCUAUUUGACAAAGGUUGUGAUGAAUUUGCUGCUAGAAGGAGAAGUCAAGCCAAGCAAUGAUGACCCAUGUCUGGUUAGCUAGUGAGGAAGGUGUAAAAGGCUCUGUUGAAAUACGUUUUCUGGAAGUUUGUUAAGUUUUGUAUUGAAGCUUAAUUCAGGCCGCCGUGAAUGUAAGGACUUAUUAUGUUGGUGAGGUGGUUGCCACACCCUUGACAGAGUUAGUGGAUCUCGCACGCCAUAGUCAAUCUAAUGGUAAAACAUGCUUUAACUACAUGGAAAAAAAAUCCUCAUGAUUAUAAUGCCAACCACAAUAAUAAUCUUUACUGAGUGAUACAAAUAGUUAAUGAAUUGAAAGUUCACCACUGCAUGUUUUAUGAUCAGAUAACUCAUUGAAAUGAGUCUUUGCUCUUUAGACUAAAUUCCCACCUAGUACUGCCAUUAAAAUGAAUUUGCCAGCUGGUGUGCAUACUGGAAAUGAAAAGAUACUGAAAGAAUGGAACGAAUGGUGAGCUUAACUCAGUGGCACUGUCAUACUGGAAAAAUACAGUAAAAUCAUAAAAACAGAUCUGCCAGCUGAUGUUUUUAUUCUCAGAAACAGCAUUGUUGAUAAUAUUUUAGUAUACAGAGCUACUGUACAAUUUUUACCUUGUAAACAUGACUGUGGUUUUGUAUUUGUGUUGACUUUAGGGGUUGGGAUAAAAUACAGUAUAAUAUAUACCUUAUCAAACCUUUUCUUUGAGCUCUUACUAAAAAUAUGGCAUGCAUAAGAUUGUUCAGAAGAGUAGACUGUUAACCUAGUUUGUACUAGUAAAAACAAAACUGAAAAUCAUUAAACUUUAUUUCUGAAUUAAUGAAUAUAUCUGGACACAUUUUUGGUUCUCCUGUUCACACUAUUAAGUCUAUUACUCCUGAAUAUUCUCAGUUUAAUUGAUCUGGAGACAGAGUGGAAGAGGAUAUAUGGUACCUACCAUUACACAUAUUUUACUACCAAAUUUAUUUAAGCAAACUUUAAUAAAAAUAGAAAAUAGAUUAAACGUUUAAGUUUUAUGAAUUUAUAUCCUUAUUGAAUGUUAUACAGCACAGCCCAUUAAUUUUAGCCAGAGAUCCAAAGAGAGUCAUUUUUCUGACCAAUCAUAUUAGAAGUAUCACCUGAGAAGUCAAACUUGUUACAUAAAGGAUGCAGCCCAUUUGUAGAUCUAAGAAACAUAGGACAGGUGGCUUCAGUAACAAGUCAAAUUGAUAUCAAAUAAAUGGAUGGGUGAAUUCAUGGAAAAAUCUGCAGAGUCAGGCACAUUUCUCCUAACUUUGCGGUGUAUUGCGUGGGUCUUGUAUAAGAAAUCAUAUAUGCACUUUGGCAAAAUUGAGGAGAAUGAGGUAAAAUCUGACCUUAGAGAAUAUCUUAAGGAGAGGGAUAUGACAAAGAAGAUAAUUAUUUGAUAAAUUAAGACAGUUUAUGAAAAGAUAGAAAUGGGGUGCCUGGAUGGCUCAGUUGGUUAAGCUUCUGCCUUCAGCUCAGCUCAUGACCUGAGGGCCCUGAGAUCGAGCCCCACGUCAGGCUCCCUUCCCUGUGAUCUCUCUCUCACUCUCUCUCAAAUAAAUAAAAUCAUUUUUUAAAAAAAGGAAAGAGAGUGAUGAACUUAGAUUAUAAAACAAGCAUAAAAAAACCUUAAACUUGAAGCCCAGGGAGAAUCGAGGACUGAUACUUCAUAGCUAAAGAAACUGAAUAUAAAGAGAAAAACCCCUUGAAGUAUUUAAUUUUUGCUGAAAUCUAGAGGAAAGUAAACUGUUGCAUUUUUUAACGAAUUAUUUUAAAGUCUGAUAAGCUAAACAAGGUUGCCAGAAACCUGUCAUCUUUAUUGAAAUCAAACAUCAAAUGCAAAUGUAUAUUUCCUUAAUGAGUUUUAGUUUCCUGCUUAAAUGCUACAUAUGCAAGAUUCUGGUUUUCCCAUGCUGCUGCAGGCUUUCAGGAUCUGUGACAUAUGUACUGACUUUGUGUUUUGAUGAAAUUUAAAAUUUAUUGUACUGAAAGAUAUGUUGGGAUCAGUAAACCUUGAUGUACACCUCUA